AUGCCUGGCUCACCUACUAGAGAGUUCCUGCGUCAAUUGACUAGCGCAGACGCCCUCCUUGAGCUGGACUCUAGACUACGAGUAUGGAAAGACGAAGAUCCUUCCAACGAGGAGCCACGUUUUCCUCCUCCUCCCAACACAGAACUGCAACCUUCGAGGGUCGCCAGAAGCGACUUCGACUGGGGUCGCUACGCAGACUCCCUUGAACGCUCUCGUCGACGACGCCUCGCAAAUCAACCAGCACCGGCUGCUUCUAUAAGGGAAUACCAGUCAGCCAUCCUCGGUCAUCAUGAGACAGGCCUGAGAGACAACGACCCGGCUUCACGGGAAAACGUCCUUGCACGAGAACGUCUUGAAGACCAACGAUAUAAUGCUAUUGCGGACAACGCACGCCUUACCCACUCCUCACGCCAACGAUUAGUAGAAUCGUUUGACCACAUCCCGAACCCACAGGAGACUGCUAUCUUAAGAAAUCGCUUCGAUGGCGAGGAAGAUAAUGCCNNGGGGGGGGAAGGGACAGGGCAAACACACUCCGAGCGUGAAGAUGCAAGAUUAGCAGCCCGUCUAGGAGCAAUACCAGAUGCUGUUGACUCUUAUAUCGCAGACCCUCCGUUGCCUGUCGCGCAGAAGGGCAAGCAAGUACAAACGAUGGACGAUAUGGCCUUCCUGGCUCUGCAUGCCGAGGGUGGCAAUGCCACUCUUACUAUAAGAAAUACCCACACACAAGAGACUACAGUGCUCAAGAAUCUGGAUCUCGCUACGAUAGAACUGGUGGCGCCAGUCCUGGCUUUCAGUUUCGAGGAAUCUAGGAAUGGACCAAAAUAUACAAUCGAGGAUGUGUCUUCGACAGCUGUUAUUUGCAUGCUUAGACACAUCUAUACAUGUGAGCACUACGUGCCGGAAGACUGCCUCUACGAUCAAAUGUCUGCUCUACUACACAUAGAGAUCUUUCACCUGGCCUCGACCUACGAUAUCAGUAGCUUGAAGACAAUGGUCAAAGCACGCAUGUUCCUCGAGCUAGAGCUCUCAACCAGUUACCCAGGCCCACCAAAAGACUUGUGCAAAGCGCUGGCUUACGCGUACGAGCACCUGCCAAACGAAAACGACAUCACGAAAACCCUGGCACACUACUGCAUCACUUGCUUCCUGCAACAUCGACUCAACGAAGACGAACUGUUUACGACUUUUCAUUACAAUUGCCGUCCCUUCCAGCGCGACCUGGUUCUCAUUCUACGCGAAAACAGCUUCGAGGACGAGUGCGCCCCCACCCUGAUACAGCUCCCCAUCAAAACCUCUGACAUCCCCACACGCUGGCCCGCCGUCUUCGAUGCGGAUCCCCAAGGUAGCUUCUUGGAAGACGAGUUUGACAAUGAAGUCAAGCGCCGCACCAACAUCUCCCAGCUGGACAAGUUGAGGAUUCACUUCCGCAUUGCGCUACCAUUGAGAUAG